AUGGCUUUAGCAUUGUCGGCAGUAAGGAGAAACCCAUUGAGUGUACAAUAUCCUCAACUUAACGAAAGCGCACUAACGUGCAAAGUAGUAAAGCUGAACCUGUUAAUUGAAAAUAUGGAGAUUGAAUUAAAUAUUGCUGCUUUGCUGAAGCCAAAGACAAAAGAGUUGUCGUUGGAACGUAGUCGUUAUCCCAUAUCGUCUGGAGAGGUAAAGGCGGACAUUCUGAUGUUGGUGAGAAAGUUCUUGCAUGGAAUUAUGGGAAUGUUAGUCGAGCCGAAGUGCUAUGCUGAGGGAUCCUUCCUCUGGGACGACCUUAACUUGGAAACUGGAUGA